AUGGGAAAUUUGGUUCUCAUCAGUGAUAGGUUGCAAUCGUAAUUAUCAAAUAUGGCUUCACUGUCAGCGGUAUCGGUAUUAUUUUUUUGUGUUGUGUUUUCUAUAUCAUUUAAAGCAUCUGCAGAAAGGAUUAAAGACAAAAUGUAUGAACCCAUAAAAGGUGCUGCUGCAUGCUUCAGAAGGUUAAAUGGAACGCAUCAGUUUGGUUGUACAUCACAUCGGUCCGGAAAUGUUGGAGUCAUUCACUUUAUUGAAAAUCAGACAGAUUUGGAUUGGUUGCUGCAUAGUGCCACAGCUGAGCCAUAUAUGGCUAUAAUUCAACCAAAGAUGUUCACAAGAGAAGUGAUGCUAACACUGAAAGCAUCAGAGAAGGUGAAUGGUAUAGUGCUGAUUAACAAUCAUUCAGCAGAACGUCCAGGGAACUUCUCCCAUGAUGAUACAUGUCCAAAUCGCUACUCAGGUCUUUCACUUGUUGAAGAGACCUGCAAUGAUACGAAACCCUGGAAUCCAGCUGGUACUGGUCUCAUGUUGAUUGAUUGGGGUUUUCCAAUAUUCCAUAUUGAAGAUGAAGAUAAUAUUUCAAAGUUGUAUGAGUGCUAUCAGAAACACAAUGCACACGACAAGGAUGAACAAAUGAGCCGAUCACUUUGUGCUUUAGAGAUGAAUUCAUUCAUGAUUGCUGCUGUCGAUUCAGAAACUUGCAUCCGGCGUAGCUCAACGACAACAAUACUCAACCACAUUCGUUACUGUGAUCCACUAGGCGGCAAUAAUAUCUGGUCCACGUUAUAUCCACGGCUUAAAGCAGAGGAGACAAAUAAAACAGUGAUAGUGGUUGCAGCACGUUUGGAUGGAACAUCUAUGUUUGAUGGCUUGGUUCCUGGAGCCAUGAGUCCUGUUUCAGGAAUUGUAACUCUUCUUAUGACAGCAAAAAUCUUGGCUUCUAUUGCACAGAAUUCAUCAGAUAUACAGAGUCAGCAAGACAAUAAUGUACUCUUCUUGCUGUUAAAUGGAGAAUCAUACGAUUACAUUGGUUCAAGUCGGGUUGUGUGGGACAUGCAAAAUAGAAUGUUCCCCAUGAAGCCAAGCUCUUCAGCAACAGAGCAGCCUCCACCAUUGUCUCUUUAUAACAUUGGCUUAUUUAUUGAAAUUGGACAAAUUUCCACUCUUGGGAGAGUCCCAGGCAAUGAUACGACCAUUUUGAAUUUUCACCAACAUCAACCCGUGUCAAACAGUGUCCUUAAUCGGAAUCAGAUGGACAGUUUUAUAUUAUAUAUGAACCAAUAUGGUCCUGAAGUAGGGCUUGGGUUUAAGCUAAUGAAGGAGAACCUUCCACCAGCAUCGCUGCAGACUUUCUUGGCUGCCAACAGUGAUAUACCUGGUGUCGUACUGACUGACCAUGGAUCUCAGUACUUAAACAAGUAUUAUCACAGCAUAAUGGAUGAUGGCCAAGAGCUGAAUUACAUAUACCAGAAUGUCACCAGAGAUUCUGUUCAAAAACUGGUAGCCAAUUUGGCCCACACCUUAGCCCAUACACUUUAUUGCCUCAUCAACAGUACUGGGCCAUGUGAUGAACCAAAAGUGCCAGAAACAGAUACAGAUUCACAAUUGGUGGACGAGCUGUUUCAUUGCUAUCUGGAUACCAUGGACUGCCCUGUCUUUCGUGCUGCUGCAAACAAAGCAAACCUGAACAGCAAGCCUGCAUCUUUCUAUGUGGGAGUGAAUGGAUAUAACAGCCCAAUUGCCAAACUGACUGGACUGACUCUGGCUCUUCUGGUCAAUCAAACUGUUAAUCGUACUGAGGAAGAAUGCCACAGUGAUGACUCACAUAGGGUCUUUAAGUAUAUUUGGAUGAGCAGCAAUUUGGAUGGUACAAACUCCAGUGGUGUCUGUAUAAAAACUACAAUGAACUUCUCUACAGCCGUCAGUCCAGCUUUCUAUGAUAUACCAGGCUAUGAUUGGACAUCUGGAAAGUAUUCGACUUGGACCGAGUCUAUAUGGCGGGAGUUCACCAUCAGGAUGUUCCUUAAACCAUCAAGGAGUCAUGAGAAUCUGACUUUCUCAUUGGGAGUAGUUGUACUGUCAUUGUCAUUCUUGAUUGUUUACUUCGCAAAUUCACGGUCACACAUCCUGUUUGGAAACACGUUGGUGACAAGUAGUUGCUAGGGACGCGACGCAAAUCAAAUAUCCUUAACCACAUUCCACAGUGGAGAUGAGUCCUGUGCCACUCAACUGUGAGCCCUGCUCCACCAAUCAUGUAAUAGUGGCAAAAAUGGAAAAAGAAGAGGAUACUUGAUUUGCGACCUCGGAAGCAAGCGACAACGAUGAUAAGCCUGAUUGAACGGUGUUCACUUGAUCUUAAGCCAUCCACUGUAAUGAAUAGUGAAGUCAAAAAUGGUUCAUUUUGCAAGGUUAAUUUUUCCCACAUAUUUUCACUCUAGAAUUUUAAGAACAGCAACAUAAAAUCAGUGCAUCCUAAGUACAGACUUUGAUAAUGUGUUACAGCAUAGAACAAAACAAUAAAAAAUCAUGCCAGAAGCAUACAUAUAAGAGGUCAGUACAAGAAUACAGUAAACCAAGCUUUCAAAUUUGAUUGCUUUGCAGGUGAUACUAGGAGUUGGUGUAUCAUAUGGAUGUUAAUUCCAGGUUUGAUGGUGACAGCUAACUUGAGGAUCUACUCUUUAUCUUGCCCAACCUCAGUAUUAUAUUGUGUCAUUUGAUCCUUCACAGGACAGUAUUUUUUUUUAAUUUUUUCUUCUUCUUACUGUGAAAUUUUUAAUUUUUGCAUCAUAUUGCCUUACAAAUUUUGAUUGCAAACAUACGUUAAUAUUUAUAAAGUGUUUGCAGUCAUGUCUUUUUCUUAAGGAAUGAGCAUAUUUUUUCAAAUUUAUAUGCCUCCUUAUUAGAUACAUAUUUUAUGUGCCUGCUAACCACCAAUAUUCACUGCACUCACUGGCACAAGGAAUUUUGUUUGUUCAGUAGAUUUUAGCUUCUUAUAUCAAAGGUCUUGUGGUUCAAGACCACUUGCAGAUGACAUUUCUUCCUCAUCCUGAGAAAACAUAAUGGGCCAUACCUGGUCCCAUUGUGAUUUUAAAUAAACUUGAAACUGUGUGUUCCUACUUCUGGCUGUUUUAAUUCUAGUCAUAUCAUCAGGAGCGCACAGUUCCAUCCUAGAAGUGCUGCCAGACUGAUAUGGCCAGUAAAGUAAAAACAACCAUGGCUUCAACUAAAGAUAUUAGAGGUAGGAGAAGGAACAUCACUAAUACUUAAAUUCAUUUGUCACAGUUUUGUUUUUGUGUGACUCAUUUAUGUUUGUGGCAGCUACAAAUUACAUAUACAUUAAAAACAUUCUAGUGUCUUGUUCAAAAAGAUGCCAAGAUAAUUUUUUUGGAAAUAUAGAACGCUUCUUGACACAUUUAAAAAUGAGCCAGCAACAUGCGUGUUUGUAUUCAUAUGGGUAUGGAGUGUUAAGAUAGAAAUUAAUUGAUUUGACAAAACAGACUCAUUUUACCCUUCUUGCAAAACUGGGAAACUUGACACACUGAGUUGUUUACUAGAAGAAUUUUGGUGAAUAUUGUAUGUUCAUUUAUUCGUUUGUUUAUUUAUGUGUCAGAAUCUUAUUCUACAGAAAUUAACAUUGUUUAAUCUGUGAAACAAAAGGUAAUAGCUGUGAGGCAGUAAAUGUAUGUUCAGUUUCAUAAUCACAGAAACAAAGUUUGUUCAAAUUUUAAUAAGUCAUGUUUCCUGAAAAACAAAAAUAAUUUUGUACAACCAAAAUGGAAAUCAUUGUUGCAUAAGACAUGAUUUUCAUGUUGUAGAAAGUAGGGUAAGCAUUUAAUUAAUGAAUAAUCUACCUUAAAAUAAGUAUGGAUAGUUUUGAAAGCAUAUUACUGUGGUCCUAUAUUCAGUUUUUCAAACUAUUUUAUAUUAUCAGGCAGGCACUACUUAAACUUCACAUGUUGAAGAAAGUUAUAUUGUUUAAUUGUUCCUUUACAGUUGUAGUAUUUUAUGGUAAGUGUAAUUAAAGUAUUUGAAUAAUCUAGCUGACCAUUUGAACAUGUCUGUUAAGGUCUAAGCUCAUAGUCAUGAUUUAGAUGGCAUACAGCAUCAGUGUGUGUGCAUAUUUUCAUUUUGGACAUCACCGGUCAUCAUCCUAACUCCUACAAAUUGAGGAUACUAACAGUCUCUCCCCCUCCUAAUAAUGAAACAUUUUCAGCCAGUGAAUUCUGUGUCGCAUAUUUCCAAAGUAACCUCUGGAAAAGUGCUGUACAUUUUUUAUGUUCACUUUAGGCUUGUCUAAUACCUGCAAUAAUUUUGUCUGAAAGAAAUCUGUGAUUUACAGAUCAAGAGAAUUUGUUUUUUGCUUUGAACACAAACUUGUUAGAAUUAAAAGGCAGGGAUCAGAUUGAUAGCAGAUAAGGAAGCAAAUAUACUGUCCAUGCUGUAAGCAUUAUUUCCCAGUGGCAGUACUUUACAGUUUGCUGUCUCAUUUCCUGUGUUAAUAAUGUAUUUGGUUUACACAGUGUAUACAUUUUCUACCUGCAAGCUAGUGACAUAGGCAAAAUGCACUGAUUUUUACCAACUUCAGUAGAAUAUAAUAUCACAUUAUUUAAGAAAAAUGUUUAAAUAUAUUUAGACAAUUGCUGUCUACAUCAUCAGUGGAAAAAUUAAAACCAAAGUGGCUAUGAACCUAGAACUUGGACACAGAUGGAUCUGGUUGAGUUCCAAGAACAUGGCAGAACUAUCCUAAACAUAUGUUGUUUAAGUCCCAUAGUAGACUACUGUAAGGAGAAAGGCCAGACAUAUUUAAAUAACAAAAUUGGGCCCCCCACUUCCCUUUCAUUCUGUCAGAACUGUGUAUAAUUAAAGAAAUUUGAGAUUCUCACAGCAGUGAGCAUGUUGGUUUUCUGGGUAGUGAUGAAGGCAGCAUAUUCUUCCAAAAUGUUGGUCUCUACCUGUAAAGUCUGUGUGGAAUUACUACCCAGAAGACUAACUUUGACAAUAAUUAAAUUUGUGUUUAUUCAGUACAUGACUUGAUAUUGUGAGGUAAUUUCAAAUGUAAUUAAUAAUAAUAUUUUAUGUUUAGCAGUUGGUGACAUUCAUGCUUAGGAAAUGUUAUUCUGGACAAAAACAUUUUACUAAUUCAGAUUUGAAUAAUUUACUUGAAUGAAGUCCAGAAUAUUUUUAAUUACACAUGCCUAAUAAAUAAGGAGAUUGGUUACUAUAUGGUUAAUUGUUAUAAGUUAUUUGAAUCAAGCUUUUACAUAUUGUGAUGAUUUUUAUAGUGUACACAUGUGAUGAAUACAGAAUUCUUGUUGCACAUAGUUGUAAAUUUUGAGCAGUGAAUGAAUCAAGUAUGAUAGUGAAGUAGUAUUAAUAUUAACUCUGAAAGAUAACAAUAUAUGGCUUAAUGGUAUUCCCUCUCCAGGCGUUACCUGUCCAUAUUGGUUCUAGACUGGGGAAUCAGCUGCCCUGAGCAUUUCAAGAUAUUCCUCAUUCCAGAAUUCUAUGUACAGAAAAAUCCCUUUCUCUAAUUUUUAUGUACUUGCCCUGUUAAGUAACCAAUAAAUUGUUCAUAUUGUAGUUGAUAAGAUAUAGUAAAAGAUUUUUAAUGUA